CCUUUAACUCGCUCUGAGGUGUUUGGACAGCUCAGGAAGGAGCUCUAUGGAGAGGAGCAGUCCAGUCAUUCCAACACACACAUAUUUAUCAUCCUGGGAGCCUCUGUGAGUACAACCUUCGAACUUCUUACAACACAACACGAAUAACCAACGUUUUACUCUAUUUUAAAAUUUUAACUGAUAGUUCCCCUUUGACAUAGUUUAGCGAAGAUCUGCAGAAAUUUUGCAAUGUUUCAGAUGUUAAAAAAGGUGCCUAGGUAAAAGCCUACAAGCUGUUUUGAGGCUGAGGUCAGUUCAAUCAUCUACAUUUCUGUUUGCAAAAAUUUCAAACUAUUUUAGAGGAAUGUUUGAAGUGACGGUCCCAACAGAGGUGACAACAAAGCCUCAUAGGAGAACAAUUGACUGGGGAAUAUUGUGUGUGGUAAUCAGAGGAUGUAAGCCAGGGAAUGAGCAUAUGUUGGCUGAAAUGUGCUGCCUCUACUUUUUCCUUUGUCAAGCAUUGAAAGAAGGGGAUCAUUUGGAGCAAAAACAUUUUGUCAGACUAUCCUUGGCCUUGAGUAUGAAGUUCUAAAAUCUAGUUGUGUUUGUCUCCUGUCCUUCUUUGUUUUCUCUCUUUUUUCAAUACCAGUAAUCUAUUUUAAUUUUACAUGAAGUCUCAGAUAUUGCAGAGCUCUGCAAAGAGGAUGUGUUCAAAGUUCUUUCAGAGUCUCUCUGGGAGAUCUCGCUAAAAAGAAGAUCUAUCCAACUUUGUGGUGGUUAUUCAGAGAUGGCCUACUCCCUGAUGACACCUACUUUGUGGGUUUUGCCCGGUCUAACCUGACUGUGGAGGACAUCAAGACGGCAUGUCUGCCCCAUAUGAAGGUGGUGCAUCUAAUGCUCCUCGUUGGCUAUCUGAGACAAGAUUAUUCAUUGUUUGGCGUGUGUUUUCAGGAAUCGUUGUUCAACAUUUCCCUCAGGUUACUGAUGAAGAGAAUGAGUGUCUGUUAGCCUUCUUGAAUAAGAACUCUUACCUGAGCGGCAGGUAUGAUGACGGCAGCUCCUUCCAACAACUCAAUGCCCACCUGUCAUCUCUGCCUGGGGGGGCCGACGCCAAUAGACUCUUCUACCUGGCUCUGCCACCCACCGUCUACCACCAUGUCAGCACAAACAUCAAGACCCACUGCAUGAGCCGCAAAGGCUGGAACAGGGUGAUUAUUGAGAAGCCAUUCGGUCGUGACCUCCAGAGCUCACAGGAGCUGUCAGCCCACCUGUCUUCCCUGUUCACAGAGGACCAGAUCUACCGCAUAGAUCACUACCUGGGCAAAGAGAUGGUCCAAAACCUCAUGGUGCUCAGGUUUGGAAAUCGCAUCUUUGGACCUAUAUGGAACAGGAACAGUGUGGCCUGUGUGGUUCUCACCUUUAAGGAGCCUUUUGGCACUCAGGGCCGUGGAGGAUACUUUGAUGACUUUGGUAUAAUUCGAGAUGUCAUGCAGAACCACCUCCUCCAGAUGCUCUGUUUGGUUGCAAUGGAGAAACCUGCUUCCACCAGCCCUGAUGACAUGAGGGAUGAAAAGGUGAAGGUAUUGAAGUGUAUAGCUCCUGUUGCAGUGUCAGAUGUGGUGCUCGGCCAGUACGGGGGGGACCCUGAGGGGGAGGGCCACUCCAAGCUGGGUUACCUUGAUGACCCCACCGUACCUGAAGGCUCCUGCACACCAACUUUUGCCACCGCAGUGCUCUACGUACAGAAUGAAAGAUGGGAUGGAGUUCCUUUCAUUCUGCGCUGCGGUAAAGCUCUGAAUGAGUGGAAGGCAGAAGUGCGUCUGCAGUUCACUGACGUGCCAGGAGACAUCUUUGGCCAACGCUGUCAGAGGAACGAGCUGGUGGUGCGGGUGCAGCCGGACGAAGCCAUUUACCUGAAGAUGAUGACCAAGAGGCCGGGGGUUUACUUCAGCCCAGAGGAGACUGAGCUGGACCUCACUUACAAGAGCAGAUACAAGAAUGUGAAACUCCCAGAUGCUUAUGAGAGACUGAUACUAGAUGUCUUUUGCGGAAAUCAGAUGCACUUUGUGCGCAGCGAUGAGCUGCGGGAGGCCUGGAGGAUCUUCACCCCCCUCCUUCACCAAAUAGAGGGAGAGAAGACACGUCCUAUACCUUACACAUAUGGAAGUCGUGGUCCAGACGAGGCAGAUGAUCUUGUGAAGAGGGUGGGAUUCCGCUAUGAGGGAACAUACAAGUGGGUGCAGCCCCACACAACAUGAUGCCUUCUGUCACACACAUGCACACACACACUCACAUACUCAUGAAGACAUUAACACCAAAGUAACAAAGUUUACAGACAAUAAAGUUUACUGCAAUCUUUCACCACUGUUUGAUUUUUUCUGCGUGUACAAAAGAAAAACCACUGCUUUUAUCCCUAAUCAUACAGGAAUGGAUGUGGAGAUAAACAUACCUGUAGUCGCCUGAUUUGAGUGUUCACCUGUAAUUUUGAAAUUUCUAAAUAAAU